AAAGAUUAUGAAUAAUAAUAAAUUUGUUUGGCAAGGGCCCAUCUCAGGUCCACAAGUCCACUUUGUUCGCAGUCACCGGUUGCUAGCCGCGUAAUGAUCAAGAAUUUAUCGCAUACAAAGGUUUGAUUACCAUCUUUGCAUGAUGCUAGUGGAAGCUGUUUUGCUGUUUGUCAGCGUAGUUUUUCUACUCUACAUCUACCGUUACAUUACAGCGGGAUCCACUAACAUGCCGCCGGGGCCGACACCUUUGCCUCUGAUAGGCAAUCUGCUGAGCAUUAAAAGCUCUAAUAUUCAUUUCGAAUUAGCCAAUCUUGCAAAGACCCAUGGGGAUAUUAUGAUGAUCGAGUUGUUUGGGAUGAAGAUUGUAGUUGUAACGUCAGGCCCACUUGCAAGAGAAGUACUCAUGGGUAAACAUAUUAACGACUUCGCGGGAAGACCUAAAAGAUUCACUUUCGAGUACAUGUCUAAAGGCUACAAAGACAUCGCCUUGAAUGACUAUAGUCCUGGCCUUGUUUGGAAAAGAAAGAUCGUUCAUUCAGGUCUGCGGAAGUAUUUCCCAAGUUUAGGAGACACAAUCGCUAAAGAGCUGGCCAAACUUGAAGAUAAAUUGAACAGCGAUGUUGGUGUCCCAGUCGACUCGAAAGACGAGUUCUUUCUUCUUGUCUUAAACAUUAUCUGUUCUUUCUUGUCUGGAAAGGCAUUUGAUAAAGAAGACCCGGAGUUCAGCGAGACCCUUGAAUUAGUUACCAAGACAGUAGAUACUCUAUCUAUGUCCGCGUCCAUCUUGGACGCAUUUCCAUUCCUGAUUCAUUUCCCUCUCCAAGCUUCCAAGAAUUUCAAGAGAAUCGCAGAACUGAGGGAUAAACUUAUGGGUAAUAUCCUGACGUUCCACAAGGAGACCUUCAACGAGAAUCACAUCCGGGACCUGACGGAUGCUUUCUUGAAGGCCAAACUUGACAUCGAGAGGGAAGACAAGAAGGCAGCGGGAGAAGUGACAGAUGAAGAAGUCGCCUUAAUGAUGAUGGACGUUUAUCUCGCAGGACUGGAAACCACUGUCACCAGCCUCCGCUGGAUUAUAGCAUACCUAAUGAACAACCAAGAAGUCCAAUCGCGAGUGCAAUCCCGUAUCGAUGACGUCAUUGGUGACCGUAGGCCAUUAAUGUCCGACCGCCAAGGCUUACCAUAUAUGGAAGCACUGGUCGCAGAAGUUCUACGGUUGUCGCCGCCGAUUCCUUUGGGUCUUCCACAUAAGUCCAUACUUGAUACGACGAUCGACGGAUACACGAUCCCAAAAGGUACCACCGUUCUCUUCAACCUGUGGGCGAUCCACCACGACCCGAGAGAGUGGCCAGAGCCGGACAAGUUUGACCCGGACAGAUUUAUAAACGAAGACGGCAAGUUCGAGGUCCCUGGUGACCGUAACUUUCUACCGUUCAUGGCUGGGAGGCGGGUUUGUCUGGGCGAGUCGCUGGCGAAGAUGGAGCUCUUUCUCAUUAUGACUCGUCUUCUCCAGCAGUUCACGUUUGAACCACCGACCGGUCAUCCACCCCCUGAACUGACAGGAAUAUCAGCCGCCACGUAUUUCCCCAAGCCCUAUAGCUUCUGUGCAAAGCCUAGAAAAGGCCGCACUUCCACUUAAUUGAGCUUAGGCUUUUGUGCAAAAUCUCGAAAAGGCCGCAUCUCCUGUUAAUAGAGCUUAAUAGCUCUUGUACAAAAUAACCUAGAAAAGGCCGCAAUUCAAGUUAAUUGAGCCUAACAGUUCUUGUACAAAAUCUAGAAAAGGCCCACCUCCAGUUUAUUGAGCUUAGAAGCUUUUGUGCAAAAUCCACCCUUCCUGUUGAUAGGAUUUGGCUUCACAGCCAGGGCCGUAGCCAACAUGAGGCAAGUGAGGCACUCGCCUCGGUAAAAUUUUGAUCCUUUUAGUGUUUCACAAUUGAAAAGUAUGAGAUAAAACACCUGCUUUUGUUGGAUUUAUCAUCCAGUGGCUAACUUUGUCGGUAAAAUUUUGAUUCUGGCUACAGGCCUGCAGCUUUUGUGCAUCUCCAGCUCUUGUACAAAAUAACCUAAGAAAAGGCCGCACUUCAAGUUAACAAAGCUAAGCGAGGAAGGCUUAAGGGGGGGCUACCACAAAACCGCACGGAAAGUCCAAAAAAUAAUGCAAACUGCAUCACCACAAACCCUUGCACAAAUCCUUUUGACUGUAAGCUUUACAUUUUUUUUUGUAAAACCUAGAAAUGGCUGUACAUAACCUAGUUAACAAUACAGCAGUCGGAAACCAUAAUUAUCCGCUGUUUUCCUUUGCCUUACGAUGGCUUUAAAAAAAUCCAUAGAUAAGAUUUGCAAAAGCAAAAUAAUUAACAAUGGCCACGAUCCAGUAUUUCGUCGAAAUAUUCACGCAACCGAGUCAUUAUGAUUAUAUAUAUUCAAGACAUCAUCUACUAUUGAUUUUAUAUACAAUAGCUUAUGCAUAUUCACAUAUCAUCAAUUAUUGAUUUCAUAUACAAUUUUGUCACAUUAAAAAUCGUUGUUCGAGA